UCGAGUUUGAGCAGCCAAGGAAGCGCAAAAGAGCAUUUUAGGUUCUCGUAUCCGCCAUUGUUCCUUGCCGAUGGCGAAGCGUCUGAUUCCUUCCCUCAAUCGCAUCCUCGUGGAGAAGAUCGUCCCGCCCUCUAAGACCAGCGCCGGGAUCCUCCUCCCGGAGAAGACUACCAAGCUUAACUCAGGAAAAGUUGUAGCGGUAGGCCCUGGUUUUCAUUGUAGCAAUGGGAAUCUCAUUCCUAUCUCUGUGAAGGAAGGAGAUACAGUCCUGCUGCCAGAAUAUGGUGGUACAGAAGUGAAACUUGGAGAUAAAGAGUACCAUCUUUACAAAGAUGAUGAUAUACUCGGUACCCUUCAUGACUGACAAAGAGUACCACUGGGGCGAUCCAACUCAAUUCUAGCGGCUGUUGCUGUUUUGAUCUACGCGAGGUGUAAGCAAUGCCUACUCGUUUCAUUGUUGUAUUCCUUCGAUAGACACAUGAUGUUCUUGUUUUGUUGGUUGCUGUUGGAAAUGAGAAGUAGAACUGUUCGAACAGUUUAA